AUGAUUAAUGAAUUGCAGUUUCGACCAUCAUCUGGUUCAGCAAAAGGGCUGACAUUUACAAUCUGGGAUAUAGGUGGACAAGAAAAAUUACGACCACUAUGGAGGACAUAUAUACGACAAGCAGAUGCUGUUAUCUUCGUAGUGGAUUCUAGUGAUCAUGAAAGAUUUGAAGAAGCACGUAUCGAAUUUGCGAAUUUGGUACAAAUGCCUGAUUUUCCACGAAAUGUGCCUAUAAUUUUAUUAGCGAAUAAACAAGAUUUACCUGAUGCUCAUUCGCGUAAUGAUAUUCAACAACUUAUAAUAUCAGAAUUUACUAGUAAAAUAUUAAGCCAUAUAUUGCCAUGUUGUGCUAUUACUGGUGAAGGCUUAGAUGAUAUUUUUGGUGUAAUGCAUCGAUAUAUACUUGAAGCAAGGAGAUCAUCAAAAAAACGAUAA